UGACGUCAUGUCAGUGCAAGGAGUCGCAAUGGCGGAGCGGGACGCGGCGCUGCACGAGCACCGCAAGAAGCUGCUCGAGCACAAGGAGGUGGACGGCAGACUGCGGGAGCUCCGUGAACAGCUCAAGGAUUUGACUAAGCAGUAUGACAAGUCCGAGAACGACCUCAAGGCUCUGCAGAGCGUGGGCCAGAUUGUGGGAGAGGUUCUCAAACAGCUCACUGAGGACAAAUUUAUCGUGAAGGCUACCAAUGGGCCUCGCUAUGUGGUCGGAUGUCGCAGACAGCUGGACAAGUCAAAGUUGAAGGCAGGAACCCGAGUGGCCCUGGACAUGACCACGCUAACCAUCAUGAGGUACCUGCCCAGAGAGGUGGACCCGCUGGUGUACAACAUGUCCCACGAAGACCCGGGCCAGGUCUCCUACUCGGAGAUCGGGGGGCUCACCGAGCAGAUCCGGGAACUCCGAGAGGUGAUUGAGCUGCCGCUGCUCAACCCGGAGCUGUUCCAGCGCGUGGGGAUCACCCCCCCCAAGGGGUGUCUCCUCUACGGGCCCCCCGGCACUGGUAAAACUCUGUUAGCCAGGGCCGUGGCGAGCCAACUUGACUGCAACUUCCUCAAGGUGGUGUCCAGCGCCAUAGUAGACAAGUACAUUGGGGAGAGCGCCCGACUUAUCCGCGAGAUGUUCAAUUUCGCCCGCGAUCACCAACCCUGCAUCAUAUUCAUGGACGAGAUCGACGCCAUCGGUGGGCGUCGCUUCUCAGAGGGGACAUCAGCUGACAGAGAGAUUCAGAGAACUCUGAUGGAGCUGCUGAACCAGAUGGAUGGGUUUGACACCCUGGGCAAGGUGAAGAUGAUCAUGGCCACUAACCGUCCGGACACCCUGGACCCUGCGCUUCUGCGUCCUGGCCGCCUGGACCGCAAGAUCCACAUUGAACUCCCCAAUGAGCAAGGGCGUCUGGACAUCAUGAAGAUCCACGCUGCUCCCAUCACCAAGCACGGCGACAUCGACUAUGAGGCGAUCGUGAAGCUGUCCGAUGGUUUCAACGGAGCCGACCUGCGGAACGUGUGCACAGAGGCUGGGAUGUUUGCGAUCCGGGCGGAGCGUGAGUUCGUGAUGCAGGAGGACUUCAUGAAGGCUGUGCGCAAGGUGGCUGAGUCAAAGAAACUGGAGUCCAAGCUGGACUACAAGCCCAUUUGACAGAUUCACGCACACACAGAGGGACACACACCGACACACAAAGGGACACGAAGAGAUAGACAGAGGGAGACACACACAUUCACAUUGAGAGGCGCAUACAUAGGCACACAGAUAGACACACAGGUUGACACACACAGACACAAAUACACUGAUCUAACAUAUAGCCUGUAGCAGACUGUUGGGGCAAGUGCUGUAAGCGAGCACCUAUGAAGGCCGACACGGCACACGAGGAGGUGGGUGGCCAGCACCACGCCCAGCCGUCUUUGACUUCCCCAGUGACGAUGUUUACAGACCGCUGCAAAGGCUCAUUCGACCUAGGAAGGACCAGGACCGGUUUAGAUAAUCGUCACUAGUGGUGGCCGUGAGCUGGAAUUUAACUCGCGGCACCGGGUUUGUAGCGCAGCGUAGCACGAACUGCUGCACCACUGCUCCCCAAACAGAGACACGCAUAGGCCUGGGAAACACACAGACAUGCACAGACACAGAUACACAGACAGACACGCAUCAACACACUCACACGCAGAGGCACAGAGAUAAACACAGAGACACACAGACUCACACGAACUCGCACAGAGACCCACGUAGAGGCCUAGCGGCCAUGUUGCAUUGUUGUCGUUUGUUGGUGACGUUGAGGCGAUGUUCCAGUUGAGUUCGGAGUGCGAUCAGAGUUCAGCGCUGGCUCGCAGGGAUGGGCGCCAUGCGUUUUGAGUUGCACCGGCGUGGUGAAGUUUGGUCUUGUGUCCCCCCCCCACACGUUUUCAAAUAAACACUCGCACGAG